AUGGCACCGCUAUUUAAGGAACUAACGGACUGUCCGGAGAAUCUCCGUGAGUCCAUCGACUGGUUGAUCCAGGUUAGGCAUGGGAAUGGUGAGGGUCUUACCAAGUUGUCUCAAGCUUUGAAAAAGUUGAUUGAGGAGGCCACAACUAAUGCUACCAAGAGCCUUACAACCCGUGAAAAACAGCUUCAAUGCAAAGGCAAAGGCUUUCCUAAGGCCUUUCUUACUGAUGCUGGUUCCGCUGAGUCAUACUCCGGGUCCCAUUGUGAUGAAGUUAGUGAGAAGAUUAACACCCUCAAAUCUGAAAUAAAAACAGCUUCAGAAUCCGAUAAAUCCAAAAAAGAAAAAGACCUAAAAAAGCUUCAAUCCGGCUUAGAAGAGCACAUUGCCAAAGAUCAUUCUCUUGAUGAGUCUACUAGGCAGACUAAAAUUGAAGAGGUCAAAAAGCAACAAAAUUUUGUUAAGAAGUUCGGUGAAGAUUUCAAUAAUGCUUUAGAUGGUGACAAAAAUCUCCUUGUUAAUUUAUGUGACGGCCUCGAGAAAUUCCUCGGCUUCAAUCCAUCUUCCAAAGGCUACGACGGCCAUGGCAUUGUGUACUCUGACUUGGAUAGGCUGUGUGACGCGGUGAUGGGAUUUUUGAGUGGUGUGCUCAGUGCGGUGAAAGAUGAUGAAGCGGUUAAAACGUAUGAUAAUAUGAUGAAUAAUAAGCUUAAAGAUGUAAUUAAGACUCUGAAUGAAAAAAAUGGCUCCGGGCGUGAUGGGAUUGCGGCGUCUAUCGCCGCGGUGAAGGGGUGGUUGGGGGGGUAUGAAGGUGAAUUGAAAAAGAGAACGGAUGACUUGAAAAACCCAAUAAGCAGUAUAUUAGCUCUAAUUGACAGCCAUAAUAAUGAAAUAGAUAAGGACAAAUAUUUUGACAUUUCUGACCAAAUCGUUAAAUGGACUAGGCAGGCCGGGUGGUAUAUCAGCCAUAUUACAACGUGUGAAAAGGCGUUAGAAGAUAUUGAUAACAAUCUCAAAGAACAAUUAUCGUCUAAAAUAUCAUUGUUGAAGCAGGCGGCUAACGGGUUUAAGCAAGAUGCUGAAAACGAGGAUUUGAGGGAGAUAUAUUCGCUGGCGAGACAUCAGUGGAAUGCGGUUACUAGUUUUAUUGCAGAGUCCACUGAGUUGCGUUCGAGUGAGCUUCAGGAAUAUUUGGAAAAGCGUAUUGGCGGUUUGUAUACGAGAAUACACUAUUUACGUACUAACGAAUUUAAGGGUCUGCAAAAGUCUGCCAACUCGGAUCUCCAGAUGGCUUUUGAAACCGUUAACAGUGGUAUUGAAGAUCUCCUAAAGAAGUAUGGAACGCAGUUUGUUCCAGAAUUACAAACAAUCGUGAAAAGUGCACAGGAGCUUCAUAGUAAAAUUAAAUUAGAAAAAUCGAAUCUUCAGAAGCAAGUAAGUAGUCUGGAGCAACGGAUAAGUGAGCUUAAAGGGCUGAAUGAAAAGGUUGCGGGCACGGUGCCAAAAGCCUUAGAUGAGUUUGAGCAGGUUAAUGAGCGCAAUCUAUGGAAUUUGAGCAAUCCGAUAAGUCACCUAAAGAAGGAAGUCAACAGUCAGUUGGGAAUUGCUAUCAAAAUGUUGUGGACGGAUUUGCAAAAGGCGACAGUGACGGCUUAUGGUAAAAACGGAGUCGCUAAUAGAGAUAAUCCCGGUCUUAAAAUUUUGGAAACUACUAGUUUAGGACGGUUGCCAAAGCUUGGACCCAGAAUCAAUGCUGCAGCACCGGACCCUGACCCUGACGGACCUGGCUACCAUCUAGAAAAAUUGCUGAUUCAUAUCAAAAGUGCCGAGAAGAGUUGGGAAAGUGCGUCCAACAAAAUAACUCCACAAGGAAAACUGUAUGAAGAGGUAAUCAACGCAAUAUUGAAUGAGCUGGGAGACAAAACGAUGGAUGGCGCGAAAAAUAAACUGACUGAGCUGCUGAAAAAUACCAUCACGAGUUGUAUCAAAAACUUUCAUGAUGAAGUGACUAACAUUGUUGAUGGGCAUUUAAGCACAGUUAAACCGGCGCUUACAACAAUUAAAGGUGAGCUUGAGAGACUUCAAACUAAAAGCGGCGAAGGCGCGGCAGGCGGUGUGCUAAACGGCGAGUCGACGGUUGAAAAACAAGCCUACGAUCUUCACGAAACAAUUGGCGACUUUAUGCGUGAUAAAGUGGGCGAUAUAACGGAUCCUGCUCGGGGAAGCAUUCACAAGGAUUUGAAAGGUUUACAAAGCAAUAUUCAACGUCUCAACACCAAGGUUGCCGAGGUAAGAAAAAACAUACUGGCGGUAGAAAAGGAACUAAUUGCUUGCAUCAGUGAUGCCGAUGAGUUUUUAGAAGAUGCGCCGAAAGAGACCAAUAAUAUGUUUAAAAGAUUGAGUGAUGCGAUCAACCUUAGAAUUGAUCAGGCGUUCACGCAAGUUCAGAAAAAGGCCGAAAACUUAUACACCGCAAGAAAGAAAAAAGAGCUCAACAGGCUAAAACUAAUCGUCAAAAAUCAGCACCAUGCAAUCGAUAAAAUCAUCUCGGAAGAUAGAAAUAGAAGCCUGAAAGGAUUCUGCAAAAAAUUACAUGAUUCCUUGCUAUAUAGUACACCUGUUGCUACUGAUGGUACCAAGACUGCCCUUGGCUUAACCUUUAAACUGAAGGACUUCUUAAGCAACUUCUUCGAUAAUCUAAUGACACAAGACGAUCUCACUGCUGCUGAUUCCAAUAUCUACCGUAUUAAUGAAUCUGUCAAAGAUUUCCUUGCCGAGCUCUACAACAAGCAGCACUUCCACACCGACGUCACCAAAAAGCUCGACGCCUUCAGUAAUGUCCUCACCAAUUUCCAUCCCGAGACGAUGGACGACGCACCCAAAAAAGUGUUGACGCCGCUGAAGCAAGGGUUCGGUAAAUUCGUUGACCAGCUUGACAAGGCUUAUGUGAGCAGGUAUUCGGGCGUGCAGAUACUUGAAAAGGAUUAUAAUCACUGCGCUAAAGGUUUACUGACUGCGUUACCUAUAUUGUUCGACCACUUUAGCAUGUUGAAUAAGUAUUCAGGUAGUACAUGGAGAGAUGGAAAAAUUAAUAAAGCAACGUCGCUUGGCCAGAUUUUUACUGACCGCGGUUACGUUGUGUCGGAUGAUGGAAAGCAAAAUGGCGAAUUACAAGAUACAGAAAAGAUGAAAGGCUUUCAUAUACAUAGGAAUCUCGAUAAAAAGAUUUCGGAAGCUUACGAUAACGAACAUCUUCGAUGGUGUGAAUCUAACAAACGCGGUAAAGCCGUAGGCUUUAACGUCAUGGACACUCUAAACUGUUUUUUCACGCAUCUCCAACAAUACAACCGUACCUGUCAUCUCAUACAUCGCCCUAAAGCUAAGCAUCCAGCUUCGAUAUACGACAUGCUGCAAUGGCUCAGCGGUCUGUCUUACAACGCCGUGCAUCACGAAUUAGCGCUCAACGGUUUCACACAGCUGUUCAAAAAGAAAGAGGAGAAGGCAAGCGAUGUUGACGAGGACGGUCCAAAACUGGUCGACCCAAACGCCGAUUCGUUACCCGCCUACCCAAAGAGAAUCACAGCUACAGACCUAUCGGAGACACUGCUAGAUGUAUGCCACUACUCCCACGACGUACUCAUCGGCAUCUUAGGUCACGGUCAGGCUGCGGGCCGGUACGCUUGCGAUUUCAAUACGAACCCGGACGGCCUGCUGUAUCCGAAAGAUAUGAACGGUUUACUCUGUAUGCUAUAUGAGAUUCUGAAACGCCUUCAACAGCAACUCCAUUUCUUGUAUGAACAAUGCUGCUAUGAAACAUCGUACAGUGGAUGGAUGGAUUGCCAUUACGGGAAAGGUGUAGGCGGCUCAAACUGGAUGUGUAAUUCCAUGCAGUGCCCUGAGCAAACAGGCAACCAAACUCAUAGGCAAACAUGUGACCAAAAGUGUAACCAAAACGCUGAGUGCGGAAUAAAGUCGCCGUUACAGUCUUUCCUCGAGGACGGCCUACAAGGUUUCCUUCCACACCAGCUGAACGGUAACUCCGGCAAAUUGGACUGCCAAGUGAAGAACCACUCUACUGUGCCGUGCAAAACACCGAUGGGAUUUGCCGAUAUCACUGUCAUGGCAUCUCACAUAAAAACGGGAAAGCAUCUGAGAGAUAUUCUUGCCCUACUAUGUGGCAGUGAAAAGUCUCCACUUAAUGCGCUGUGUAGUAUGCUCAGUUGCUUACUUCCUAUGGCGCCGAAAACGCUGGGCGAUAUGUUUGCGUUCUAUUAUAAUCUGGUGAAUGGCUGGUAUGGUAAGAAUAUCUUACCCAGGGAGCAUAGGGAAACCGCAUUCACUGAUGCUGUCAAGGCCGCCAAUUUCGAGAAUCCACAAACCACGUUAGACAUCUAUCCAAUGUUCGGCAACAACCAGCAUGGAUAUGGCCGUGACUCAGCUCACGUUCGUGGUGACCUAUACAGCUUAUGCAGCGCCGACGCAUCGUGUUACGACUUAAACAGCCAAUGUGGUCCGUACAUAGAUUCGUUAAGCAGGACUACCUACGGUACUUUUGCUUCCGAAAACGCUGAUAAAUAUGUGUCAUGGGUAGUGUACCUCACGGGAACGUUUUACGAUUUACUGUGUCAGUUAUGCACGAAGUGCAGUGGUGACUGCGGUUCAGCAAAAUCCAAAUGCCGUGUUACGGGAUGUGCGAAAAACUCAUGCUCUGUUUUUGAGCAUUCCGUGUUUGAGAAUACGAAAAAAGAACACGGCGUUUGCGAUUCUAUCAUAAAAUGCCGUCACACGCAUCCGACAUUAUAUGCACUCGGUCUCACGUACGGCAAUAGAACCAAUCUGGACGGUAAAGUAGGGUCUACAAAUGUUCCCAAGCGAACGUGCAAAACCUUCAUACAGCAGCUCGAAAAAGUAUGCUCAAAAAAAUCCAUACUUUCUAAACUCAUUCAUGAAACAAUUCCAGGAUUCCUCUUCAGGAUACGCGCGCCCUUCAUCUGGCUCAACGUCGCCCUCUGGCUCCUCUCUUUGUUGUACCUCCUCCACAUCAUGGUCAUCCGCCUCGACCUGCUCCACAUGAAAUCCCACUUGCACUCACCCUCAUCGCAUCGCAUCGCCGCUCAAUCACUACUUGCUGCAGGAAGGGUUGGCAGACUUGUCAAGAUCACCUAUCUGCAACCAUGA